GUGAAAAACGUGUUUGGCGUGCUUCAUCCGGAAGAAUAUCUCCGUCACCUGAAAAAAAAAAAAUCAACCGGUAAUUAUUUAUUAUUUCAUUCGAUGCAUUAUUUAUUUAGAGUUUAAUCGGACUGGUUUGCUUCCCAAUCAUCGGUAAGUAUCUGUGGAAGUUCCGGCGAGGAAUCACAGAAGGUCGUCGAGAUUGUUCGAAUUAAUGGAGGUUCUGGAAGAUGGGGAGAAGACCGGAAUCGCCGUAAGCGGCAGCGAGGGAGCCGAGCAAGCUUCAAAUUACACAAAUGGUGGUUUGAAAACCAUGCCCUUCAUAAUCGUUAAUGAGACAUUUGAGAGGGUUGCAAGUUUGGGGCUAACUCCUAACAUGGUGUUCUACUUAAGGGACGUUUUCGGAUUCCAAAUCGCCGAUGCUUCUAUCAUUCUGUCUCUGUGGUCUGCUGCUUCCAAUGCUUUAGCCAUUGUUGGCGCUGUUCUUGCUGAUUCUUACUUGGGGCGUUUCUGUGUUAUAAUUCUCGGAUCCUGCAGUAGCCUUCUUGGGAUGAUUCUUUUGUGGUUAACAGCAAUAAUCCCACAACUGAGACCUGCAUCUUGUAGCCCCUCUGGUAUAUUAUGCGACUCUGCUAAUCCUUACCAGCUCGCUGUCCUGUUCUCUUCGUUGGUGUUCAUAUCCAUUGGAGCUGGUUGCAUUAGGCCAUGUUCUGUAGCCUUUGGUGCAGACCAACUCACCAAGGAGGAAAAGCCCAACAACGAUAGUGUCUUGGAUUCCUACUUCAAUUGGUAUUAUGCAUCGAUUGGAAUAGCUACGAUUAUUGCAUUAUCUCUAAUUGUGUUCAUUCAAGAUCAAUUUGGAUGGGGAAUUGGAUUUGCAGUUCCUGCAGUUCUCAUGCUUUUUUCUGUGCUAAUAUUCCUAGUGGGUUCUUCUCUGUACGUGAAAGUGAAGCCAACACAGAGUUUGUUGACUGGGUUUUUACGAGUAAUUGUGGUGGCAUUUAAGAACCGAAAAUUGUCGCUUCCUUUUAGUAACUUUGAUCAGUAUUACCUUGGUCGUGAUCCGAAGUGUCCCAUUCCGACCGAUUCGAUGAGGUGUCUGAAUAAGGCCUGUCUUAUAAAAGACGGUAAGAACAAUUUAAACCCAGAUGGCUCAGUGUCCAAUCCAUGGAACCUAUGUUCUGUGGAUCAAGUUGAGUCGCUGAAAGCUUUUCUGCGAAUCAUCCCAAUGUGGUCAACAGGCAUUCUCAUGCUUGUCUGCUUAAACCAAAAUUCAUUCGGAACGAUCCAAGCCAAGACGAUGAACAGACACAUAACCCGUACUUUCGAAAUCCCUGCAGGAUCCAUCACCAUUUUCAUGGUCCUUUCUUUAUUUUCAUGGAUCAUGUUCUAUGACAGAAUACUUGUGCCUUUACUUGCAAGACAUGGCCAUGCUGGUGGACUCAGUCCCAAAUUAAGAAUUGGAAUCGGUCUGCUUCUCUCGUUCUUCGCAAUGGCGAUUUCAGCAGGCGUUGCAUAUAUAAGGCGUCGAGUUGCCAUAGAACAAGGCUUUGAAGACCAACCCAAUGCUGUCAUUAACAUGUCAGCUCUAUGGAUGGUGCCUCAAUGUGUAGUCCUGGGAGUUGCUGAAGCUUUGAACUCGGUCGGACAGGUCGAGUAUUUCUACUCGCAGAUGCCGAAGACGUUGUCGAGUGUCGCGGUUGCUCUAUACUCUUUUGAGAUGGCUGUAGCUAACUUGGUGGGAAGCAUCAUUGUGCAGAUGGUAAAUAGCAUAACAGGAGAAGGAAAUAAGACAAGCUGGUUGGAUAACAAUGUCAACAAGGGUCACUUGGACUACUUUUACUGGCUAUGUGCUGCAUUGGCUUUGAUAAACUUUUUUGGAUAUCUUGUUUGUUGUUGGGCUCUUGGGAGACAACACAAGGAACCAAAUGAGAUGGAAGACUUUGAAUAUAGGAACUUGCCUUCAUCAUAAGAAUGGGAGCAAUCUUUUUAGCA